GAACGUAAUUGUCACGCAAGUAGGUACUAUUUACAUCCAGUACAUGUCAAGUUAAUGACAAUAAUAAUUUUUUCUACAACUCCUUUUUUGUACUAAUACCUUAAAAAAAACUCAAAAUCAUGGAUUGUUUCAAUACUAAUUCCGAAUCAACUUUAACCGAAGUCUUUAGAUGUUUUAUCUGCAUGGAAAAACUUCGAGACGCUCAUCUUUGUCCGCAUUGCUCCAAACUAUGUUGUUACGUUUGUAUCAGAAGAUGGUUGACGGAACAAAGAUCCCAGUGCCCUCAUUGCAGAGCGUCUCUGCAUCUUCACGAACUCGUAAAUUGUCGAUGGGUAGAAGAGGUUACCCAACAACUUGACUGCUUGCAAUCCGUUACUGGUAUGUCGAAACCGACCGAUAUCGAAAGAGAUAAAUGUACUACGCAUUUAGAAAAAUUAUCAGUUUAUUGUUGGACGUGCCGUUGUUGUAUAUGUCAUCAAUGCGCCCUUUGGGGAGGUACUCAUUCCGGUCACACCUUUAAACCUUUGAAUGAGGUUUACGAUCAACAUGUUUCCCAAAUAAAAGACGAAGUAGUACAACUCAGAAGAAGGUUGAUGGAACUUAUAAGUAUAGUGCAAGAAGUAGAACGAAACGUUGAUUCCGUUCGAUCGGCGAAAGACGAGAGAGUUAGAGAAAUUAGAAAUGCCGUUGAAUUGAUGAUAUCCAGAUUGGAUUCGCAAUUGAAAAGUAAAUUGUUGACUUUGAUGGGACAAAAGGAUUCUCUUACACAGGAAACUGAACAAUUGGAACACCUCUUACACGAGAUAGAGCACCAAUUACAUACGUGUACUAAAUCAGAGCUCAUAUCCAAGAAGGGGGAAUUGUCUAGAAUGAUUAAUACUAUAAGAAAAAAGCCGAUGACAAGUUUUGUAACAGCUGCGGUUCCGGCGGAUUUCCAUAGUGAAAUAGUACCUCCGUACGAUUCAAGUACUUAUGUGAUGUAUCCUUUUUCUCAACUCCAAAGAAAAUCAGAUCCUGUUUACUCCAAUCCUUUGUACUGUAACGGACUCUGUUGGAGACUUAAAGUGUAUCCGGAAGGCAACGGAGUUGUACGAACAAAUUAUUUAUCCGUUUUUCUUGAAUUGACUGCAGGCUAUCCCGAAACGUCCAAAUAUGAAUACAGAGUUGAGAUGAUACAUCAAGUGAGUAGAGACCCUUCCAAAAAUAUCGUGAGGGAGUUUGCGUCUGAUUUUGAAGUAGGAGAGUGUUGGGGUUACAAUAGAUUCUUUAGAUUAGAUCUAUUGGCAAGCGAGGGGUAUUUAAAUUUGAUCAACGACACCUUGGUACUCAAGUUUCAAGUGAGAGCUCCAACAUUCUAUCAAAAAUGCAGGGACCAACAGUGGUACAUAAAUCAAUUAAAAGCUGCACAAUGCCAACAUGCUACCAAAGGAAACGAAGUUAAAGAUCGAGUAGUUAAAACAAAUACCGAUAAAUUAGUACCAAUCGUUAAAAACGUGUCAGCAACUGCAGGUGAUAACUGCAAUUUUCCACCAUCAACUUCGAAGGCAGACGCUCCCGAGAAAUCCGUAUCAACUGAUAAUCCGCAUUUAGCAGCCGGUGAUGUGAAUAAUAAGAAUACUUCAGGAGAUAAUACUAAUGCGAUAGAACCUUGUGCUUGUAAUAACAAAAACGUAUCCAGUAAUAAUUCAAUAUGUAGUUCUACAUCGGAAUCUUCGAUACAAACUCAGGUAAGCGGUCAAAAAUCCGCAGGAAAUUCAUCGAUACAAAGUAACGAAGAUUGUCAACAACUGAUUGGUGUGGAAGCAUCGAUAAGUUCUCCAAAUUUGUUAAAUUCGGCGGUAUCGUUGAUACUUUCGAGCAGCAGCAGCAGCGAAAGUGACAUGAGCGAAACUGAGCACCUUAUAGAAGAAUUUGAUGCCAGAGUAAACAACAGCGAAUAUAUGGCAGCUGACGAUGAAAAUGAAAAUGACGUUGAAGGAAUGUCUGGAGGAGAUUGUGGUAAUGUUUCUUGUGAUUCCUAUGAGUGCCAAAAUCCAGAAUCGGGUAAUUCUGUUGCAGAAAAAGAUGCAGAAGUUACACCUACGCUAGAAACUUCACAACAACCACAUACUUCAGUUUCUUCAUAAUAUUUUACAACAUAUUUUACUUACUUAUACUUGUUUAAUAUUUUAUACUGAAAAAUACCUUAUUAUAACCAGAAACUGACUGUAUAUGUUACAAAAUUGUUAAUCUUUAGAAACAGUGUCAAAUAUGAAUAAAUUGUAACAAAAACAAUAAAGAAUUCUACUACAA